AUGACAAAACUAGUGUCAGGUCAUGACUGCUUCACCAUAAGAAAUAUGAGGGACUUCCAAAUGGUUCCCCAGAAUGUUCGUCAUCUGUACAUACUCCCAAGCAGAGACUUGAGCCUUCCCAACUUGUUAAGCCUAAGCAAGCACACAAAGCUGCAUACACUAAUUUGUGACAUGUCUUUUCGGAAUCAAGCUGCAGUUAUAAUGGACCGUUGGUGUUGUGAGCUUCAGCGUUUGCGUGUGCUUUUUUGGGCCUCUCCAAAUGAGUUGCCAGACAGUAUUGCCAACUUGAAGCAUCUUCGGCAUCUUGAAAUCUCCAAGGCUUGUGCUUUCAAUAGCUUUUCUUCAGCAUUUUGUUCCCUCUAUAAUAUGCAGAGAUUAUACGCGAAGGAGUGCAAGUUAGAAAGUUUGCCCUGUGAUUUUAGUAAGUUGAUAAGUUUACAGAGAUUUAAAUCACGAGGAUUUGAAUAUUAUGCAGGGUGUACUCUGAAUAUUGAUGCAACCAAUCGGUUCGAAAUGAUGUUGAUAAAGAAUUUGAACCAAUUUGAUGGACAUAUGAACAUAAGGAAUCUUGGUUCUGUGAGCAAUUGUUAUGCGGCAGAAUUUAAACUGAAGGAUAAGAAGUAUCUUCGCCGACUGGGACUGACAUGGUCUUUGCCGUUCUCUCCUGAGGACGUUGAGAAAGAAGUGCUUCAAGCCCUACAGCCUCCCACCAGUCUGGAAUCUCUGUUCCUCAACGGUUAUCCAGAUGUGUCUCUCCCAAAUUGGUUUCAGCAGCAUAGAAACGUAAAUGAGAUGCCUGACAACAAUAAUGACGAGAUUGGUACUUUGCCGUCCUUGGAAGAGCUAAUCAUUCUUCAGUGUCAAAAUCUACGAAGCGUUGAGCAACUUCUGCGUCCAGCUUAUGUGCCUACCAUCAAGAAAUUAAGGAUUGUUGAUUGCAAGCAGUUAGUAUCAUUAUCAACUGAAACUUUUGGGGAUUUUCAUUCCCUUGAGAGCUUAGAAGUGCAUGGUUGUCCAAAUAUCUGCUCGAGAAGUUUGGUGGCGCACUCCCUCAAGACACUCAAACUGGGAAGUUCUGGGUAUCUCACAAACAAUAUCCAGUGCUGCUCCCUCAUCGAGUUCUAUUUAUCAAGUGACUAUGUCACGACCAUCCAACCCCAAAUGUGGAAUCUUCCAGCUCUACAAAAGUUGCAUGUUGCAAACUGCAGAUAUCUUUUAUCUGUUGGACAAGGACAACCACCAAUCAGGGCAUUCGAAUCCCUUACAUUGCUAAUCAUUGAUAAUUGUGAGAACCUGACAACACUGGACGGUCUCCUAACGGAACAAUGUUUGCCUGCCAUUCAAACGAUUGAUGUUAGGAAUUGUGGCAAGUUACAGUUCCUUUUUGGUGAAAGGCCUGGGAGUUUUCCUUACCUGAAAGAUCUGUUGGUUCGUGAUUGCCCUAGUCUCAAAUGGCCAAGGGAACUAGUGUUACCAUCAUCCCUAAAAAAGCUUCACUUAGUUCGAUGUGGGGAUAUUUCCUCCUGGUUUUUAAGCUGCCUACAAAACCUCAAAUCUCUGGUUGAUCUGGCUUUGAUUGGAUGUCCAAGUAUAACAUCCAUUCCACCCGGCGCUUGCAGAAGUAAUCUCGCAUCACUUCGUGAUUUGCAUAUCUCGGGUUGUCCGGACCUCGUGUCAAUUGGUGGAGCAAAGGCUGUUGCAAAAAUAAAGUAUGUGGGCAUUUACGAUUGCCCAAAGAUGGAGGAUCUUAAGCAGCCUGUGAGCAGAGGCACAGAUAUGUUGUCACUUACACUUCGACCUUCACCCUCCUGUUCAUUUCCGACUCAGUUGUAA